UAAUAAUAAGGUAAUGGGAGCUACUUGUUGUUCAGGAACACCAUAAACUUAGGAGAUUAAUUCAACAGCUCCUGCUAAGCUUGAGGCUACAAUAGAAGAAAAUGAUCAUAUGGGAACAGCCAAGCCAAAAGAGGCAAAAAAUGAAUACUAAGAGAAAGAGCCAAUAAAACAAGAAGAAUCCUAACCAGUUUAGGUCGAAGAGCCUUCAUAAAGUGCAAAUCCUCCAGAUGAUGUACAAUAAUUCAAUAUAUUAAGGCUUUAAGAGAAAAAUAAAGGUAACAGAUUUCAUCACAUGGUCCAAACCCUGAUGAAGCUAAACCAUAUGACAAAGAUCCAUUUAUUGAAAAUGAAUAGGUUCGUAAAACGCUUGAAAAACUCGGAAAUUAUCAUUACGAUGAUGCAUCCUUAUUGCACUUCCAAGAUUGUAUUGAGUUAGGACCAUAUGUAAAAAUCAGAUGAUAACUCUAGCAAUUUGAGAAUGGAGCUAUAUAUGUGGGCUAAUGGAAAAACCACUAAAGAUGGGGCAAAGGCAAGCAGUAUUGGCCUGACGGAUCAGUUUAUGAAGGAUUUUGGAGUUCCCAUACAGCAAAUGGGAAGGGAAGAUUAAUUCAUGCAGAUGGAGAUGCCUAUGUAAUCAUAUGAAUAAUCUUUAGGAUGGAGAUUGGGUAGAUGACAGAGCCUAGGGCCAAGGAACUUAUUUUCAUGUUGAUGGUGCUAAAUAUGAGGGAGAUUGGUUGGAAGAUUAAUAGCAUGGAAAAGGAACUGAAAUGUGGCCAGAUGGUGCCUAAUAUGUUGGAAGUUACGUUAAUGGAAAGAAAGACGGAAAAGGUAAAUUUAAAUGGAGUGACGGAGCAACUUAUGAGGGCGACUUUCGAGAUAACAAUAUUGAAGGUACUCACUUUACGUAAUAUCAAAAAAAGGUUUUGGAGAAUAUGUUUGGGCCGAUGGCAGAAAAUAUAAAGGGUAAUGGUAAAAUAAUAAAAUGCAUGGCAAAGGAGACUUUAACUGGCCUGAUGGAAAGUAAUAUAGUGGUAAUAGAUAUUUCUAUUUUCAGGGGAUUACGUUGAAGAUAAAAAGGAAGGUUACGGAAUUUUUAAAUGGUCUGAUGGCAAAUAAUAUAAAGGAUAUUGGAAGGAUGGAAAAUAACAUGGAAGAGGAAUUUUGGUUGAUAAAGAGUCCAGAGAAGUUGAAGCUGAAUGGGUUGAAGGAAGAAGAGUCAGAUCAGAUAAUUGAAUUAUCACAAAUUAUUAAGAUGAAUACUGU